UCAAAGGGUUUUUUUUCUUUUGAAAGACCCCAGCUUAGCAGCAGUAACGCCAUUUUGCAAGGCUGUACUUAAGAUGACUGGUUCAGGGAAAGGUUAGAACACUGAGUACACAGCGGCUGCCAAGCAGGAUGUGUUUGGUUGAAGGCCUGGCAACAGGACGACUUCGGUUGAACACCUGACAAUGAAAAAAGCCCCGGGAGAGGUCCCACACCCUGGUGGGGGGCCGAGUCAGCCGUUAUGUUCCAAGAAGGUAGCUAAGAAACUUGCCCCCGGGCUGAACCCUUGGGGGGCCGAGUCAGUCGUUAUGUUUCAGGAAGGUAGCUAGGAAACUUGCCCCCGGGCUAAACCCUUGCCAUAUUAGAAUCCACCAAUUAUAUCCCUGUAACCAUGCAUCUGCUUCUGUAUGCUUGCUUCUGCUCCCCAAAAUCCUAUAAAAGCCCAUCCUUGGUUCCGUGGGGCGCGCCAGUCCCCCGAGUGACUGAAGCGCCCGCAGGUGCCUGUGCCUGUGUAUCCCGACAAUAAACCAAAUCCUCUUGCUGAUUGCAUCCUGUGGUGUCUCGGUCUGGUCUUUGGAGUUAGAGGGUCUCCAUCCCGAGGGAAAGUUCUCCCUGAGAGCUUUUCAUUUGGUGCAUUGGCCGGGAAUGGAGAUCCUCCACCCAGGGACCACCGACCACCCACUGGGAGGUAAGCCGGCCGGCGUCUGUCUGUCUGUCUGAUUUUGUCUCGUUCUGCCUUAUUCUGUCUGUUCUGUGAGCGCUCAGCCAGGUCUGUUCUGUGAGCGCUCAGCCAGGUCUGUUCUGUGAGCGCUCAGCCAGGUCUGUUCUGUGAGCGCUCAGCCAGGUCUGUUCUGUGAGCGCUCAGCCAGGUUGUUUGGAAUUUGGGCGGGACGAAGAAGGAGCUGACGAGCUCGGACUUCUCGCCCCGCAGCCCUGGAAGACGUUCCAAGGGUGUUAGGGGCCCGACUUUUCGGGGCCCAAUCUGGGAGAGGAGAAAGAUCCGGACUAACGGCACCUCUGUCUGUAUUUUUGGCUUUCAGAGGGCCCCGGACCUUUGCCACCUCCAUCUGACUUUUUGCUUUCAGUUUGGUACCAAAGCCGUGCAGCACGCCUGUCUGUUGUUUGUUUGACUGUUGGUGUUGUUUGUUUUCUCUGUGUUCUAAUCUUCCUUAGAACUAACAUGGGACAGUCCCUAACAACGCCCCUAAGUCUCACUCUUGAUCAUUAGAAAGACGUCCACGACCGGGCACACAACCAGUCCGUCGAGGUUAAAAAAAAAAAAGGAAAAUGGCAGACUCUCUGCACAUCCGAGUGGCCCACUUUCGGAGCGGGAUGGCCAGUGAAUGGCACAUUUAAUAAGAUCAUUAUUUUACAGGUUAAAGAUCGGGCCGUCCACGGACAUCCUGACCAGGUUUCUUAUAUUAUCACUUGAGAGAGUCUCGCCUUAAACCCCCCCCGGGCGGAACCCUUCGUGGACCCGAAUUGGCCUCCCCUCAACCCCCAGCCUGCCCCCUCGGCCCCGCCCGGUCUGCCGGCCACGUCUUCCUCUCUCUACCUUUGUGAAAUCAGAGCCUUCUAAAAAAACCUGUCCUCCCGGCAGACCCAAACUCCCCUCUCAUAGAUCUUCUCUCUGACAGGCCCGGCUGAAACGGAGGAGGCAGAGCCGCCGGCCAGAUCAGUUGCCGGGCCACAGUCUGAUAAGGGUUUCUCCCCUGUCGAAGGGAGAUUGCGCAAUAAGCACGAGGUGAUGCCAGAUACAACCUCCCAGGCUUUCCCACUUAGACAGAGAACCGGUGGCCAGACCCAAUACUGGCCGUUUUCAGCAGCUGACAUUUACAAUUGGAAACAACACAACCCUUCUUUCUCCAAAGAUCCGGUGGCACUCACCGACCUAAUAGAAUCUGUUUUACUUACCCACCAGCCUACUUGGGAUGACUGCCAACAGCUCUUACAGGCCCUCUUAACCUCAGAAAAAAAAAAAACAAGGAGUGUUCCUAGAGGCCAGAAAACAUGUUCUGGGAGAUGAUGGGCGUCCCACCCAGCUGCCUGAGGACCAAACUGGGAUUUUAAUACAGCUGAAGCUUCAGGACAACUCAGCGACCGGACGGCCUGGGUACAAAGAGCUACUGGUGAGAAACAAUACCGAUGGACUACAGACCGCCGGGUUCAGCUGGCUACCGGUAAGGUGACCCAUUCCUUCUUACAUGUUCCGGACUGCCCGUACCCUCUGCUGGGCCGUGAUCUGCUCACCAAACUAAAAGCACAAAUUCAUUUUGAGGAAGGAGGGGCCCAAAUAACUGGCCCCCACGGAACUCCCCUUCAAGUUCUAACCCUAUAAACCGGGACAGGACACUGGCUUGGGCAGAGACUGGUGGGAUGGGGUUGGCGCUCCAACAGCCCCCAUACAACUCCAGUCUCCAUAAAACAAUACCCCCUGUCACAUGAAGCUUAUCAAGGUAUAAGGCCUCACAUUACGAGGCUUCUAGAUCAAGGCAUCCUAAUCCCCUGCCGGUCGCCUUAGAAUACGCCUCUUCUGCCUGUAAGAAACCUGGCACUGGAGAUUAUAGGCCAGUACAAGACUUGAGAAAGGUCAACAAGAGGAUAGAAGAUAUUCAUCUGACUGUUCCAAACCCUUACAAUUUGCUCCUGACUUUAGGGUUCAACAUCCCACCCUCAUACUCCUGCAAACCUUUUGAACUGUUCAUCGAUGAGAAACAGGGGUAUGCUAAAGGGGUCCUAACACAAAGGUUGGGACCCUGAAAACGCCCUGUGGCCUACCUGUCUAAGAAAUUAGACCCUGUGGCCUCCGGCUGGCCACCGUGCCUAAAGAUGGUGGCUGCUAUUGCUGUCCUGAUCAAGGACGCUGGAAAAUUGACUUUGGGACAGCCACUCACCAUCCUAACACCCCACACAGUGGAGGCCUUGGUAAAGCAGCCCCCAGACCGCUGGCUCUCUAAUUCUCACACCAAGCCUUGUUACUAGAUGCAGAACGGGUUCAGUUUGGGCCCGUAGUCGCCCUCAAUCCUGCCACCUUGCUUCCCCUACCAGAGGAGGCAAAACAACAUGACUGCCUACAAAUCCUCACAGAAGUACAUAGAACCAGGCCGGACCUAUCGGACCAGCCUCUUCAGAAUGCUGACCACACAUGGUACACGGAUGACAACAGCUUCUUGGCAGAGGGAGAACAAAAGGCUGGAGCUGCGGUCACUACGGAGGACAAAGUGAUUUGGGCGAAAAGCCCUGCCUGCUGGUACCUCCGCACAACGGGCUGAACUCAUCACCUUGACUCAGGCGCUCAAGAUGACAAAAGGUAAGAGGCUAAAUAUAUAUAUACAGACAGCCGUUAUGCCUUUGCCACGGCACACAUCCACGGGGAGAUCUACCGGAGGCGGGGGCUGCUCACAUCUGAGGGUAAAGAUAUGGCUAAAAUUCUGGCCCUCUUAGAAGCCCUAUUCUUGCCCAAAAGACUGAGUAUUAUACAUUGUCCAGGACACCAAAAAGGGCACAACCCAGAGGCACGAAGAAACCGGCUGGCCGAUGCCACGGCGCGAGAAGCAGCCAUGAGCAAACAAAUCUUGACCUUAAAUAGCCCAGACCAACCCACGCCCCCACCAGUGGGACAAACCAGUUGGGUUUAUGCCCAUGAGGACAUAGAGCUCCUAGAAAAAAAAAUGGGGGCCAUCUACCACCCUCAACUAAAACAGUGGGUCUACAAAGGAAAGACAGUUAUGCCAAUAAAAAUGACUUUUAAAUUGAUCUCCUUUUUACAUAAAUUAACCCAUUUGGGGUUUAAGAAGAUAAAAACCUUACUAGAUCGGGAAGAGAUAAAUCUGUGUUUUUUUUUGAAUCGGGACAAAGCGAUACAAAAGGUGACUGAGAGUUACAAAGCGUGCGCUCAGGUUAACCCGGAAAGGACCAUGAUUGGACAAGGAGUUCGUCCUAGGGGACACCGUCCCGACAUCCAUUGGAAAAUUGAUUUUACUGAAAUUAAACCAGGUAUAUAUGGAUACAAGUAUCUCCUAGUGUUUGUAGACACCUUCUCAGGAUGGGUCAAAGCCUUCCCCACAAAGCACGAGACUACAAAAAUGGUCACCAAGAAGCUCCUCGAGGAAAUCUUUCCCAGGUAUGACAUGCCUCAAGCGUUGGGGUCGGACAACGGGCCCACUUUCGUCUCCCAAGUAAGUCAGUUGGUGGCCAAAUUGCUGGGGAUUGAUUGGAAAUUACAUUGUGCCUAUAGACCCCAGAGUUCAGGUCAGGUAGAACACAUGAAUAGAACAAUUAAGGAGACUUUAUCCAAACUUACGCUUGCAACUGGCUCAAAGGAUUGGGUGGCCCUCCUUCCCCUAGUUCUAUAUCGGGCCCGGAAUACCCCGGGCCCCCAUGGUCUAACUCCUUUUGAAAUAAUAUAUGGAACACCACCCCCAUUUGUCCAUUUCUUUGAUUCAAACAUUGCUGAUUUUGCUGACAGCCCUUCUCUGAGGGCCCAUUUACAGGCCCUACAGAUUGUGCAGAGAGACGUCUGGAGACCUUUGGCCGCUGCUUACCAGGACAAGCUUGAGCAUCUGGUGGUGCCACACCCGUUCCAGAUUGGAGACACCGUGUGGGUGCACAGACACCAGACCAAGAAUCUCGAGCCACGGUGAAAAGGACCCUACACCGUCCUCCUGACUACCCCGACCGCCCUAAAGGUAGACGGAGUCUCGGCUUAGAUCCACACACCACACGUCAAGGCAGUCCGGUCUGAGGAAUUGACUAAUCACAACACUACACCCCAGACAUGGAGAGUUCAGCACACUCCAAACCCCUUAAAGUUAAAACUCCUACGUGGCUCCUCCUAGCCCUUUUGUGGCCUAGAGUCAGUGAGGGAAUAAGCCCCCACCAGACAGAAAUUUCUUGACCAAGUCGAGUGAAAGAUUUCACUCAAAGUUAGCAAAAAAAUGGGGGAAUGAAAGACCCCAGCUUAGCAGCAGUAACGCCAUUUUGCAAGGCUGUACUUAAGAUGACUGGUUCAGGGAAAGGUUAGAACACUGAGUACACAGCGGCUGCCAAGCAGGAUGUGUUUGGUUGAAGGCCUGGCAACAGGACGACUUCGGUUGAACACCUGACAAUGAAAAAAGCCCCGGGAGAGGUCCCACACCCUGGUGGGGGGCCGAGUCAGCCGUUAUGUUCCAAGAAGGUAGCUAAGAAACUUGCCCCCGGGCUGAACCCUUGGGGGGCCGAGUCAGUCGUUAUGUUUCAGGAAGGUAGCUAGGAAACUUGCCCCCGGGCUAAACCCUUGCCAUAUUAGAAUCCACCAAUUAUAUCCCUGUAACCAUGCAUCUGCUUCUGUAUGCUUGCUUCUGCUCCCCAAAAUCCUAUAAAAGCCCAUCCUUGGUUCCGUGGGGCGCGCCAGUCCCCCGAGUGACUGAAGCGCCCGCAGGUGCCUGUGCCUGUGUAUCCCGACAAUAAACCAAAUCCUCUUGCUGAUUGCA